AUGAAUGUAGAAGAGGAGCUGCUAAAAUUGCUUAAGAAGAUGAAAAGGAAAAAUAGAAAACAUGAAGGUUCUAAGGAAAAAAACUUUACUUGUGACAUGUGCCAGUUUGAUGAUGAUACAUUUUCAUCCGACUUGUACAUGGUGAAAGAUGUCGUACACGACAGCGCGACGAUAAAAGAUGUGGCAAAUAAAUAUAAAAAUGUUUAUAACAAUUUUGAAAAUGACAUAAACUUCUAUUUAAGUGAAUAUGUUGAGGAUGUAAUAUACUCAUCUGUUAAGACCAAGAAAAAGAAAAAUUAUAACAUCCAAAUGGGUGAAGAAACGUUUAAUAAACCAUCAAGCAUAAUUUAUCAGCACUUGAACUAUGGCAAUUUGAUUGGUGAAAAAUUGAGGUGUUAUGAAUUUAGUUCGAGGUAUUUUACUACUGCUUUGGAUGAAAAUGAUUCAUGGUAA